GUCUUCUGGUUUCUCUUCGGUACUUUAGUUUUUAAUGGUGAGUUGGUAUUUGUUUUAGUGUUAACAUAAACUUUCUAAUCGUAAAAACAAUAAUGAUAAAAUUUUCAGUACCAAGUAUAAAUCGCUACAGCAAUAAAAUUCCUGGCAGACUCUCCAUAGGAAUAUGGUUAUUCGCUUCUGUAAUUUUAGUUUCAUGUUACAGCGGAAAAUUAAUGGUAUCUUUAAUGGCUCAAAAGGCUGCUUACGUCCCUACCACAUUCGACGAAUUAGCACGUGAUGUAAAAAGUGGCGAAUUUUCGUGUGGAGCUCCAAACGGCGAAGCUAUUACUUCUUUUAUUUUGGAAUCAACAUUUGGGAAUGCAAAGAUAUUCAAGGAACAUAUAAUUUCCACCAAUAAUAUAUUCUAUAUAGAAGAGAUUUAUGAAAAAGUCAUGAAAGGCCGCUUUGCAUUCAUACAAACUGAUCUUUUCAUAGGAUUAAUAAGGAAAGAAAAUGAUUUCAGUGAAGUUUUAAUUUCAAAAGAUACACUUGUUACCUACACAACAGCAUACGGAGUAAGAAAAGGAUUUCCAUACAAGAAAUAUCUGGAUGAAAUAAUUAUUCGACUUUUCGAAGCGGGAAUUAUUAAUAAAGUCGAAGGAUUGGAAAGAGAAAUGACACCACCAAAAUCAUCUAAAUUUCGUUCUUUGACUCUCGAUGAUUUCUUCAGUCCAUUCAUUUUACUUGUAAUUGGAUAUAUAUUGUCUACAAUCUGUUUCAUUAUUGAAUUUCUGUUUUGCCGAAAAACAUCUUUCUUGCAAUUAUUAUAAAUUUAACUAAUUACUUAUU